AUGAGUAAUAAAUCUACUCACCGUCUAACGGUCGCAUCGGAUACCCAAAGCUUGUCUGAUUCUGUGGCCAAUUCAGAGCUCUCGUUCAAGGGAGAACCUCAGCAUAUGAAAAAUGGAGGAACGCACAAUGAUGAAACGGGAACAAAUGGUGAUAAACUUACUCGUAUGCUAACCCAAAAUUCUAUCAUAGAUAAUGAAUCGAUAACGUUUUCCCCAGAAAUUAUAUCAAAAGUUGAAACUUUCGCUGAUGCAUUAUCUCAUUAUACUACUAGAAGUGGACCAAUAGAUUUGGACUCUCAAGCAGGUGAUGACGGGUUUGAUGCUCGUGCCAUCUUCGCUAAUUUUGUUAGAGACGCUGAAGAACAAGGUAUCCAUAUACGUAAGGCUGGUGUCACUCUAGAAGAUGUGGGCGCUGAGGGAACUGACGCCUCUGCCCUUGAAGGUGCUACAUUUGGUAAUAUAUUAUGUCUGCCAUACACAAUUUACAAAGGAAUCAAAGCUAGAAAAUCUAUGAAAAUGAGAAAAAUAUUACAAAACGUUAACGCACUAGCAGAAGCUGGUGAAAUGGUGCUUGUAUUAGGUAGGCCAGGAGCUGGUUGUUCCUCUUUCUUAAAGGUUACUGCAGGUGAAACUGACCAAUUUGCUGGUGGUGUCACGGGUGAAAUCGCUUAUGAUGGUAUUCCUCAAGAUGAAAUGAUGAAGAAAUACAGAGCAGAUGUUAUUUAUAAUGGUGAACUAGAUGUCCAUUUCCCAUAUUUAACAGUUCAACAAACAUUGGAUUUCGCCAUUGCAUGUAAAACACCAGCCAAAAGAGUGAACGAUGUGUCCAAAGAGGAAUAUAUUAAAUCUACAAGAGAACUAUAUGCUACCAUCUUUGGUCUAAGACAUACAUACAACACCAAAGUUGGGAAUGAUUUUGUGAGAGGUGUAUCCGGUGGUGAACGUAAGCGUGUCUCCAUUGCUGAAGCUCUUGCUGCCAACGGGACUAUAUAUUGUUGGGACAAUGCCACUAGAGGUUUAGAUGCAUCUACUGCACUUGAGUACGCUAAGGCUAUCCGUAUUAUGACAAAUCUUUUAAAAUCCACAGCAUUCGUCACCAUUUAUCAAGCUAGUGAAAACAUCUAUGAAACUUUCGACAAAGUCACAGUACUAUACAGUGGUAGACAAAUAUAUUACGGUCCUAUUCAUGAAGCUAAAGACUAUUUUGCACAAAUGGGUUAUCUAUGUCCCCCAAGACAAGUUACAGCAGAAUUUUUAACGGCAUUAACUGAUCCUAACGGGUACCAUGAAAUUAAACCUGGAUACGAACAUAAGGUCCCACGUACCGCUGAAGAGUUUGAAAAAUAUUGGUUGGAAUCUGAUGAAUACGCAAAAUUGAGAUCUGACAUAAAUACUUAUAAAAGUACAGUCGAUACAGAGAAGACAAGAGAAUUAUACAAGGAAUCGAUGGCCGAUGAAAAGGCUAAAGGUACUCGUAAGAAAUCGUAUUUUACAAUUUCCUAUAUGGAGCAAGUGAAACUCUGUACUAUUCGUGGUUUCCAAAGAAUUUAUGGUAACAAGGCUUAUACUGUUAUUAAUGUUAGUUCAUCUGUCAUCCAAGCAUUUAUUGUCGGUUCGAAUUUCUAUGCUUCUCCUUCAUCAACAAAUGGUGCAUUCUCAAGAGGGGGUGUCUUAUAUUUUGCAUUGUUAUUUUAUUCGUUAAUGGGUUUAGCCAAUAUUUCUUUUGAUGAUAGACACAUUCUUCAAAAACACAAAGGUUAUUCCUUGUACCAUCCAUCUGCCGAAGCUAUUGCAAGUACAGUUUCAUCUUUCCCAUUUAGAAUGAUAGGUUUGACAUGUUUCUUAAUUAUUUUAUAUUUCUUAGCUGGUUUACACGUAAAUGCUGGUGCAUUUUUUAUGGUUUACUUGUUUUUAUCCAUGUGUUCUGAGUGUAUUACUGGUUUGUUUCAAAUGAUUGCUGCUGGUUGUGAUACUCUUGCACAAGCGAACGGUAUCAAUGGUAUCUUAAUGUUGUCAAUUUCCAUGUACUCCACUUAUAUGAUUCAAUUGCCUUCUAUGCACCCAUGGUUCAAAUGGAUUUCAUAUAUAUUACCAAUCAGAUAUGCAUUUGAAGCAAUGCUUAAUGCCGAAUUUCAUGGAAGACGUAUGGAUUGUGGUGGUACUCUUGUGCCAACUGGUCCAGGAUACGAAAAUGUGUCAAGUGAGAAUAGAGUUUGUGCGUUUGUCGGCUCAGAACCUGGUCAAUCCUGGGUUCUUGGUGAUGAUUAUUUAAAGAAACAAUUUACUUACGAGUACAAGCAUCAAUGGAGGAAUUUUGGUAUUAUGUGGUGUUUCUUAAUUGGUUAUAUGGUUAUUAAGGCUGUUGUUACUGAAUUUAAGAGACCAGUUAAAGGUGGUGGUGAUGCUCUACUUUUCAAGAAAGGUACUCUAAAAUCUAAAAUAGUUGAUGAUGAAGAAUCCGCUGAAGACUCUAACAGUUUUGAAAUGAAGGAAAGAGUUUCUAGUGGAAACAAUUCUUUGGUUGAAGAGGAUGCAUUUGAAGAACUGGAAUCAAAGGGUGUUUUCAUCUGGAGAGAUGUGUGCUACACUAUUCCAUAUGAUGGCGGUCAAAGAAUGUUAUUGGAUCAUGUUUCUGGUUACUGUAUCCCCGGUACGAUGACCGCUUUAAUGGGUGAAUCUGGUGCUGGUAAGACUACAUUAUUGAACACUUUGGCUCAAAGAAAUGUUGGUAUUAUUACUGGUGAUAUGUUAAUUAAUGGUCGUCCGAUCGAUGCUAGUUUUGAAAGACGUACCGGUUAUGUUCAACAACAAGAUGUCCAUAUUGCGGAACUUACAGUGAGAGAAUCUUUACAAUUCUCAGCUCGUAUGCGUCGUGCUCAAGCUAUUCCUGAUGAAGAAAAAAUGGCAUAUGUUGAAAAGAUUAUUCAUGUGCUAGAUAUGCAAGAAUAUGCCGAAGCUCUAGUUGGUGAAAUUGGUCGUGGUUUGAAUGUUGAACAGAGAAAGAAGUUGUCCAUUGGUGUGGAGUUGGUUGCUAAACCUGAUUUACUAUUAUUUUUGGAUGAACCUACUUCUGGUUUGGACUCUCAAUCUUCCUGGGCCAUUAUUCAAUUGUUAAGAAAAUUGGCUCAAGCUGGUCAAUCUAUCUUGUGUACUAUCCAUCAACCUUCUGCUACGUUAUUUGAACAAUUCGAUAGAUUAUUAUUAUUAAAGAAGGGUGGUCAAACUGUUUACUUUGGUGAUGUCGGUAAGAAUUCAAGGACUUUGUUGGACUAUUUUGAAGGUAACGGUGCCAGAAAAUGUGAUCGUAAGGAAAACCCUGCAGAGUAUAUUUUAGAAGCUAUUGGUGCUGGUGCUACUGCAUCUGUCAAGGAAGAUUGGCAUGAAAUUUGGAAAAACUCUAAGGAAUAUAUGAGAACUGCAGAAAAGGUUGAUGAACUAAUCAAAGAGUUAUCGUCAAAGCCUGAUGAUGCUAAUGGUGAUAGUAAUUCAGGAAAAUAUGCCACGUCCUAUGGUUACCAAUUUUCCUAUGUUUUAAGAAGAACAGGUAUUACUUUUUGGAGAAACUUAAACUAUAUCAUGUCCAAAAUGAUGCUUAUGACUGUCGGUGGGUUAUAUAUUGGGUUCACCUUUUAUGAUGUCGGUAAAUCGUAUACUGGUUUACAAAAUGCGAUGUUUGCGGCUUUUAUUUCGAUUGUUGUUUCUGCACCAGCCAUGAAUCAAAUUCAAGCUCGUGCAAUUGCUGCUAGAGAUUUAUAUGAGGUUAGAGAAUCCAAGUCUAAUAUGUUCCAUUGGUCCUUAUUAUUAGUCACCCAAUAUUUGAAUGAGCUGCCUUAUCAUUUGUUCUUCUCAACCAUUUUCUUUGUCUCAUCGUAUUUCCCAUUAAGAAUUUUCUACGAAGCUCCAAGAUCCGGUGUUUACUUUUUGAAUUAUUGUAUUAUGUUUCAAUUGUAUUAUGUUGGCUUUGGGUUAAUGGUUCUUUAUGCAUCUCCAAAUCUUCCAUCUGCUAAUGUGAUCCUAGGUUUAUGUUUAUCGUUCCUAAUCUCAUUCUGUGGUGUUACUCAACCUAAAUCUUUAAUGCCUGGUUUCUGGACAUUUAUGUGGAAGGCAUCUCCUUACACUUACUUUGUUCAAAACAUGGUCGGUAUUAUGCUUCAUAAGAAACCUGUUGUAUGUUCCAAAAAGGAAUUAAACUAUUUCAAUCCGCCAAGUGGUCAAACUUGUGGCCAAUACAUGGAAAAAUUCUUAUCUUCUGCUAGUGGGUAUAUCAAGAAUCCUGACGAUACAUCGAACUGUGCAUACUGUAUAUAUUCCGUUGGUGAUGAAUAUUUGACCCACAUCAGUUCCUCCUACUCUUAUUUGUGGAGAAACUUCGGUCUCUACUGGGCCUAUAUCAUUUUCAAUAUUUUCGGUAUGAUUUCUCUGUAUUACAUCUUCCAUGUGAGACAGACUUCAUUGUUAAACCUCUCCUUUGUUAAGAAGGGCCUAGGUAAGGUGAAGGGGAAGAAAUAG